AUCUCACCGAUGUCUCAAUUCAUAGAGCUACAGCGAUCCAGAUUGGAAGAACUUGAUAUCAUUCGCCAAGCGACCUCAAAAAGAUUUAGGAAGAAUCCAUCGUUAAUACCUACGAAUAUCAGAGAAAGAGAUGAUAUUUUGUCUGGAAACAAAGAAAGACCUUUCAAAGAGACCAUGUUACAAAAGCAUGAGCUCAAACUAUUUCAAGAUAAAUACAACUCAAACACAAAGGCCUUGAAUUCUUUAGACAAGGACUUGGUUGAAACAUCACUUAACAAGAUUAAUGACCCAGAGUUCAAAUUUGAGUAUUUUGACUCUUUGUUGAACGGGUUACAAGAGAAGGAAGAUAGCAGUCUUUUUAAUGAAGAUUUGAAAUCGUUAUAUUCCAUAUAUUCAAGUUCGCCAUUACAAGAGGUCCUGACCAGCAAGAAAGGUAAAUUAAGGGCUAAGAGGAAAUACGUACUCAGUGAAAACGCUUCAAGGUUGCUUAACAUUGACGCUUUAUUCACUCCAGAAGAGCAAUUUGGCAAGUUCUUAGAUCUAAAACUGUUUCAUGGGACUUAUCUCCUGCUCACUAAAAGUGACUGCACUUAUAUCGAGUAUUUGAGAAUGUUCAACAAGGUACCUUAUGAGGGUGUCAGCAAUGACCCCACCUACAAAAAGUACAUCCACAAUUUGUGCGUUUAUUUAUCUGGCUUUCUCAAGAGAAUCGAUCCAUUAGAGGAUGUGUCAAAGCUUCUUCAUGAGAUUGAACUGAGCUUCAAGGACAAUAGUGAUGGAGAUGUAGGAAAGACUGAUGAGAAUGGCGAAGUAUAUUGUAAGGCUUGUGACAGAACAUUCAGUAAAGAAACGGUCUACAAAGGACAUCUUGAUGGGAAGAAACAUAAAAAGAAUGCCAAGAAGCUUGUCACAGAAGAUGCCAACGAAACAGAGAUUUCAGCAAACAAGUACAAAGAGUUCAUAAUCAAGCGUCUUCUGGAAACCUUGAAGGUUUCAAUAGAAGAUACAAUCAAUAAUAUUGAAAGACAAGAAGGAAUGACCGAGAGAGAAAGAAUGAUUGAAUUAAGUGAAAACAAGGAAGAGGAGUCCGAUUAUACAACUGCAGAUUCAAACUAUUCCGGCUCAUCAGGAAAUGAGAGCUCUGAUGACGAAGAUAAUGAGUUAUUCAAAGAUUUGCCUCUUGGGGCGGAUGGAACGCCUAUUCCAUUUUGGCUCUACAAGCUUCAAGGUUUACAUCAUAGUUAUGAGUGUGAAAUUUGUGGGAAUAUGAGCUACAAAGGACGUAUAAGUUUUGAAAAGCACUUUAGUUCAGUCAAGCACCAACGAGGACUAAAAUUCUUAGGGGUUGAUACAAGCAAAAUGAGUCUUUUUGCCAAUAUUACCAAAAUAGAUGAAGCACAACAAUUAUGGGUUACUUUAAAACGAGAAUCCAAAUUGCAAGAUGGGAUAGCUGAUGAUGCUAUAGAAGUAGAAGAUAACGAGGGAAAUGUAAUGUCAGAAAGAGACUAUAUCCAACUAAAAAAGCAAGGAAUUAUAUAGGAAUAGCUUUUGGGAAUGGAUGCAAAAUUUACAAAUAGUACGAUUAAAAUCAUCGCGAAA